AUGUGGCCUCAAGGAGCCAUCUUUGUAGCCUUUCCCCACCUGGGACCCAUCCUGGUCUGGCUGCUCGCUGGCCAUCGGAUGUCUGGCUGGUGUGAUGAACCAAGGAAGCUGCCCUGGUGCCCGCUCCACAAAGUCUUGUUGCUAGUGUGGGCCACCAUCUACUCUGUCAUGGGCUAUGCCUCCUACCUGGUGUGGAAGGACCUGGGAGGGGGCUUUGGGAGGCCCCUGGCCCUGCCUCUCGGCCUCUAUGCUGUGCAGCUCACCAUCAGCUGGACUGUGAUGAUUCUCUUUUUCGCAGCCCACACCCCUGGCCUGGCCCUGCUGCACCUGUUGCUGCUCUACGGGCUGGUGGUGAGUUUGGCCCUGAUCUGGCACCCCAUCAACAAGCUGGCUGCCCUGCUCCUGCUGCCCUACCUGGCCUGGCUCACCGUGACCGCCUCGAUCGCCUACCACCUGUGGAGGGACAGCCUUUGUCCAGAGCACCAAGUUCAGCCUACAGGGCAGAAGAGCAACUGA